CAGGUUGAAAACUGCAAUGCAAACCUGGAUAGUGCACCCAAGACGCAUCAGCGAUUCCGGCUCUGCAAUAAGCACAUCAAAGCUCCCGUUAUAUUGGUCGACGGCAUCGCGCAACGCUUCUGCCAACAAUGCUCCAGGUUCCAUCCACUUGCAGAUUUUGACGGAUUAAACAGG